AUGCAGAAGAAGCGGCGGCGUGGGGAGAGAGGGCCACAGGGGGAGGGGGAGGGAAGCAACAAGAAGAAGAAGAACAACAACAAGAAGAAGAAGGAAUACAACAAAGUCCAGCCAGUCACAGAUUUUUCCAUAUUAUCUGUUUCUCUUUACCAACACGUUCCUCUGCAGUAUGCCCUCGAACAGAUUGACACAGCCCGGGAAAUGGAGGACCCAGACUACCUAACUGAAGGCUACCUGAACUUGGCACGUAGCAACGAGAAGCUGUGCGACUUCCAGAAGACGGUGUCUUACUGCCAGACCUGCUUAAACAUGCAAGGCACCACUGUAAGCCUGCAGCUCAAUGGUCAAGUGUGUCUGAGCAUGGGCAACGCCUACCUGGGCCUCAGCGUCUUCCAGAAGGCCCUGGAGAGCUACGAGAAGGCACUGCGCUAUGCACACAACAACGAUGACAAGAUGCUGGAGUGCAGAGUCUGCUGCAGUCUGGGAAACAUCUAUGUGCAGCUAAAGGACUAUGAGAAAGCCCUGUUCUUCCCCUGCAAGGCAGCUGAACUCGUCAACGACUACGGCAAAAGCUGGAGCCUCAAGUAUCGUGCCAUGAGCCAGUUCCACAUGUCUGUGGCCUACAGGAAGCUGGAGCGUCUGCCCGACGCCAUGGGGUGCUGCGAGGAAUCCAUGAAGAUUGCUCUGCAGCAUGGCGACCGGCCCCUGCAAGCUCUGUGCUUACUGAACUUUGCAGACAUCCACCGCUGCAGGCAUGAUGUUAAUAAAGCAUUCCCUCGUUACGAGUCUGCACUGGGCAUUAUGACCGAGAUCGGAAACCGUCUUGGACAAGCGCAUGUCUAUCUGGGUGUUGCAAAAUGUUGGCUUCUGCAGAAAGAAUAUGACAAGUCUCUUGAAUCCUUGGAGAGAGCGCAGGAGCUUGCAGACGGAAUGGGAAACAAGCUGUGCAGCCUGAAGGUUCACUCCCUACGUGAGGGCAUCUACCGCAACAACAAGCAGCAGGAGGAGCUGCGAGAGCAGGUGGUGAAGUUCCUGCAGUGUGUGGAGGAGCUGGAGCUCUACUGCGGCAUGUGUGGGGAAUCCAUUGGGGACAGGGACCAAAAGCUGCAGGCGUUACCCUGUUCCCACAUUUUCCAUCUCAAGUGUCUGCAAACAAACGGGACAAAGGGUUGCCCAAAGUGUUUCAAAUCCUCCAUCAAGCCUGGAUUUGUGUGACUGCCACCGUCAGUUUGCAUGUUGGUUCUGCAGACACGGCAUGACGCCUUCAAGGCUCUGGACUGACGUGAAGGCGGCAGGCAGCCUUAGGAUGUGCUGAAUUUCAAAAAGGCACAAACGUUUGGUCCUCUGCACACGGGACGGCUACUCUAACGCAAGAGCGUCCCCGAGUCUGUGGCUCACAAACCCAGAUUAGGGCCUCAGUCUCAUUGAGACUUCAGACUCGGUCCAUCAGAGGAGAUACUGUAUAACUAACUGUGUUAAAUUGUGAGAUAAGCUGAAAAAUCAGAUGAACUUUACAUCUGUUGCAACAGGCUAAGGACUGCCAACGUCACUGGCUGUUGUAUGUGUAAGAACCAUUUAAAAAUAAUGAGAUGAGUCUUUGAUAAUUAAAAUCAAUGCAUAUGUCAAAAUUCACCACAGUCGUUCUGCAGGAAUUGUUUUUCUCACAAAAGCACAAUCACUCCUGAAUAAUACUGUUUUUUUCAUGUACAUAAUGUUCUCAUGUUAUUUUCUGGCAAACAUUUGGUUGAUUUAAUGUAUUUUUUUUGUAAAACUAACUAAAAUCUCUUAACCUUUGAAAAACUAAUAUGUCUUUACAAACAGGUUCAUGCAGCUGUAUUAAUAUGUUAUUAUUACUUUUAUUUAUAGAGGAAAAAAACUGGACCUUUGAUCAGUCAUGUAGGCACUCAGUUUCUUGGGGAAGAUGUAUAGUUUCAGUUUAAUACAUUGUUAGUAUUUUUAUAUCACUGGUUGUAUUUUACUUACAAAGGCAUUGAAUGGAUUGGCCUUUUUUUGAUGGAUAAAGUAAAAAAGAUAAACAAAUCUGGUCUUUUUACAUGAGCUAAAUGAAUAACUAAGCAGCAAUGUGAGAUUAUGAACCCAUUUAUUUAUUUAUUUAUUUAUUUUACUGUUUAUUAGAGUAUUUCUUAACAGUCUUUGAGAUUUACUAUCAAUAUUCCAUGUAAAUGAUUUACUUUUAGCUUUAUUGUUUUGCCUAGGAUGAAAAACAUAUUUAGCUAAAUAAUGUGCUUUAUUUGCAGCCAGGUUACAAAUAUUUGAGACUGAAGGUAAUCUGCCAGUGCAGCUAUUUACACUCAGAACUUUAGCUUUAAAAUCUAGGGUUCCUAAGCAAUCUGGAAAAGAGUCAAAUUUGAAUUCAGUAUUUUCACUAUCUGGACAAACAGGAGCAAAUAACAUAGAAAAAUAGAAAAAUUAUGCAUAUUUACAGACUUUAUUCCUGCUCCAUUGCUUAAAUCAUCCUCUGUUUCUGGGAAAUUACGUUUGGAAUUUGUAGGAACCCCGUAAUUAACUGCUGUCUUUGUUUUACAAACUGCAGUAUGACGAAGAAGAAAUCAUUGGAUUUUUUUUUGUCACCAACUACAUUACAAUUAUUGCACAACAAAAACACGUAUGUCAGGAUUUCAGGAAGUUGACUUCACCUUUGAAAGCCAGCUGGUUAGGUGUUUCCUUUCUGGAAACAAAACACAAAAAAAACAAUGAUUCAUUGUGAGUGUACCUGCUGAGGCAGUUUAUUCAAGGUGACCACUUGGAUCCAGUAAAUAGAGAUCAUCCUGCCAGUUUCUUUAACAAUAUAAACUACCUCUGUUUUUGCCACCAGUCUUGGAAACAGGAGUAGCCACAACUGUUUCUGUUAGGAUUUUCUAGUCAUAAUGAGGUACAGAUUCAAAGGCAUAGUUGGAAUACUGAUCAAACUAUGUUACUGUGUCUCAUAUGGAAGUGUUUUAUUUUUGAAAAUAAAGGGCAGUUACAGUGAA